UGGCAACCAAUGAACAAUUCCCUGUGGCCAAGAUUGCUGAACUAAAGAAAUUAAAAACAUGUGCAACUGAUAAGCAGCAGCUACCAAAUGCCAAAGUGGCAGAGCACCUAGUGCAAAGUCUACAGGAAUGUUCCAGUAUGCAGGAAAUAGUGCAGACAGUCUACAAAUGUGGGAAUGAGAUCUCCGAAAGCAAGAUACGUGAAUUUGAGAUUGAAUUUGAACGCCUGAAUAGCAAAAUUGAUCACUGGAGAUCUCAGUAUGGACUGUUGGCAUUAAACCUGGAGGAAAGCAAGACCCUUACCGACCGACUAAGUGUGCUCAUUGGCAAGUAUGAAUCAAACAACACAGCACUCCAGCUGGCCAUCAACUACUCUGAUCAGGCAAUUGAGGCAUGUGAGGUGUUGUGUGCUGUUAUGGAGAGUGAACAUGGUUUCAAUCUGGCUAACUUUCACGCCAGUGGUCUUAGUGGUUUUGGUAAGUUUUGUUCUGUUGAUUCUGCUAUUGUGGCUGUUGUUUAA